UUCUCUCUCUCUCUCUCCCUCUCAGAGACGCGCACCCAAUUUUCAGGAACUGCAACUCCAGAUCUCACUUACUCAAAUGGAAAAUAAGAAAUCAGUUGGAGAAGGCAUAUCAUCUGCAAACGCUGUGUUACUCGGAGCUUUAGCUCCCGGUGUCAACGGUCCCACAUGGAACACGCUAAAAUCAACGUUUGUGAUGUUGGGUCUUUGCCUUGCUUUGAUGCUGGGCUUAGCGUUCUCUGCAAGUGACUCUUCCUUGGUACUUCACGUUGCAUUCCUUGUUCUAAUCACGGUGACCCUGUUCCUGCUUCUUAGCUGGUUUCUUGCACAGACGGGUUUGGUUUCAGUUGAACAUCAAAUGCGGGAGAUGGAAUUGGUUCCAAAUGAUUCUCCAGAGAGAAGCGGAAAGAACAAAUAAAUUGUUUCUCUUAUAGCAUUACAAGCAAAAGAUAUCAUCAAGUUUGGGAAGAAAAAAAAAUUAAGAGGACACUUAAUAACAUUUCAAAUGGAAAGACAGGUGCUUUUAUAUGCUUUCCUUCAGCAAGGAAUGAGAAGAUAAGGAUGACAGAACAGUAAGCAAAUGACAGCACUUCUUCCAUCAUUUUGGUUUAGAAUUGUCGGGAGUGGUUUCAGCUUUCGAAUCUUUCUUUGCUUCCUCCUCCUUAUGUUUGCUCCUUUUGGGCUUGAAGAAGCAGAAACAUGAGCAGCAGGGCAACUCAAUGAAGAACUUCAUUUCUUUAAAUGUAAUGAUGAAUUGAUGAUUCAAAAUAUUUGGAGAACAUUAUGUAUAUAAAGUUGCAGCCUUGAUUUUAUUA